CCGCCAACAACAGCGGGUGAAUGAAGAGUGGAUGGAGAACUUCAUCCUGUAUGAGGAGCUUGGGGCAGGAAGUAGCUCUGUUGUCUACAAAGGAAGAAGGAAGGGCAACCUGAACUAUGUCGCUAUCAUCUGUGCCGACAAAUCCAAGAGACCUGUGAUCACUAACCAUGUACGUCUCAGCCAAGAUCUGGAUCAUCCGAACAUAGUUAGCUUCUAUGAGUGGUAUGAGACAAGCAACCACCUCUGGUUGGUGGUGGAGCUCUGCACAGGUGGUUCCCUGGAGUCUAUUAUUGGUAGUGAUGGAUGUCUGUCAGAAGAUGUGGUGAGGAGGUUUGGAUGGGACUUGGUCAAUGGACUGAAACACAUCCAUGAAUUAGGAAUCAUUUACUCGAACUUGACCCCUGCUAAGAUCCUGCUGGAUGGUAGUGGCACUCUGAAGUUUGGUAACUUCUGUCUGUCCAAGGCAAAUGGAGAAACACUUGAAGAUUUCUUUACCUCAGUCUCUACAUCUGAGGAGGCCGGGGAAGGAGAUAGCAAGGAUGUCUCUGAUGACAUGAGGGAAACAUUACAUGGUCUUCCAACUUACACAGCUCCAGAGGUUUUGCAGGGAUCAGAAACAAAUAUGAGCUCUGAUUUCUGGGCUCUCGGUUGUACACUCUACUACAUGUAUACUGCUGUGUUGUUUUUGGUUUAUUAG